GAAGUUCUCCCCGCUUCUCAGGCUGGCUAAGUCUUCAUCGUAUCGCUGAAAAAAUAAAACACAGAUUACAUCCCUUUUAGAUCAAUUACUUUUACUUCCACUUACCCCUCGUUAUGAUCAAUGUACCUCAGGCUACAUGAAAUUGUAGCAAAACAUCAAUCAUGGAAGAUGUUCGAGGCGAUAAAAAUGACAAAUCUAAGCACGUCCUGGAUCUGACGCGGUACCCGAUACCGGCAGAGCGACCUUCAUUAGUUCAUCGCGGUUAUUGGAGGAGUCCAACGAACGCUGAUGCCCAUCAAGAAGGCCCUCUACGAAGCGCGAGGAAUCGAGAAAGCAUACUGCAGAGUUACACGAGCUACGGAUUCGCAGUGACUGGAAGGAACAACAAUAAUUCCACGAACGGCAAUGUAGUCGAGAAUGUUCCGCGAUCACCGCGAGACCGACAAAGACAAGAUUCAGGAGCUGGACAGGGCGGCGUUGAUGGAGCAGGGGUUGCUUCCUUGAGAUACAUUCUAAGUAGACCUGGCCGGUCUAUUCGAAGAAUCAGUCCAAUGGUACAAGCCCCAGGAGUGACACCUAGUGUAGAAGAGGACCGACGCGCAGCUCUGGAUAAUCUCACCCUCGAGAGUAGCCUGGAUGCGGAUUUCUACGAAAUAUUGUCUAAUCCCUCGAUUCCGAGUGCGAACGAUGGCGAAGAAGCAGAUGACGAAGCGGGAUCCACAACAACACCAGUGGUUAAUAGCCCAUCGGCGAUAGCCAACAGUUCCCAGCCGGCUCUGGCCUCGCAAACAACCGACAGCACGCAGUGGCAAAGCGAGGAAGCAGUUACCAGGAACAGGCUAUUGAGAUGGGCCGCUGCGUUGCCGCGACACGGCGUGGACGCUUUCACGAGUUUCCGCCCCUGGAGGCGUCCGUCAAUGAACGCCGGCGGCGGCGGAAGCAGCAGGGCGCCGACGAUGACGAAUAAUGCGACUUUCUCGGUUAUUGAUAGCAGUGACACGACGACGGCUGCCAGGGGUGAAGACCCCGACGACGUUUACAACGCGGCCAUUUACGAUGACAGCAGGGUCCGACGCGCCAGCAGGAGUCGGUCUUGUCGGCGAGAAAGAAGUCCUGCUGAUGCUGAUGACUCGUGAAAUCUGUGCUGAUGGAAAUACAAAUUUAAGAAUAAAACUUCUUGGAACCCCGGGCGGAAGUGUAUUUGUUAUUUAUAAUGGCGCAUUUCCGUGUUCCUU